AGGCGGACCCGCACGGUCACAGCCCGUAUCGUCAGACCAGACAUAGGAUACAGACAACAACAGUGACAGAUCAAGACCGCAUUUCUGUUUGCAACCAGCUAUGGGUGUAGUCUGAAAAGUGGAUACAGUAGCGCACCGCAAUAUACCUCGCAGUUUUAUCCUCAUGAAGGAGCUCCGUCCUGGUUGAGUUUGGGAGAUGGGAGUACACAACAUUGCAGACCAGCCUCCUCUGGUCCAGGCCAUCUUCAAUCGUAAUGCUGAAGAAAUUCAACUAUUAUUGCACAAAAAGGAGGAUGUCAAUGCACUGGACCAAGAGCGCCGUACGCCACUUCAUGCUGCUGCCUGUGUGGGUGACGUCCAUAUAAUGGACCUCCUCAUUGAAUCAGGUGCCACUGUAAAUGCUAAAGACCAUAUAUGGUUGACCCCGUUGCACAGGGCGGCUGCUUCCAGGAAUGAAAGGGCAGUGAGUCUGCUGCUGAGGCGCGGAGCAGAGGCAAACGCACGAGACAAGUUCUGGCAGACACCGCUGCAUGUGGCUGCUGCCAACCGGUCCACGCGCUGCGCAGAGACCCUGCUGACCCAGCUGAGCAACCUGAAUAUGGCAGAUCGCACCGGCAGAACUGCCCUGCACCACGCAGCUCAGAGUGGGUUCCAGGAGAUGGUGAAGCUGCUGUUGAACAAAGGGGCCAACCUGAGUGCCAUCGAUAAGAAGGAGAGACAGCCUAUCCAUUGUGCUGCUUACUUGGGGCAUACAGAGAUUGUGAAGUUGCUGGUGUCCCGCAGUGCAGACAAGAGCUGCAAGGAUAAGCAGGGCUACACACCUCUCCAUGCUGCUGCUGCAAGUGGUCACAUCGAAAUUGUAAAGUACCUACUGAGGAUGGGGGCAGAGAUUGAUGAGCCCAAUGGCUUUGGAAACACUCCGCUCCAUGUGGCUUGCUACACGGGGCAGGAGGCUGUGGCUACCGAGCUGGUGAACCAUGGAGCUAAUGUUAACCAGCCCAACAAGUGCGGCUACACCCCUCUGCACCUGGCUGCCGUGUCCACCAACGGUGCCCUCUGUCUGGAGUUGCUGGUCAACAAUGGGGCAGAUGUCAACCAGCAGAGCAAAGAAGGGAAGAGCCCCCUGCACAUGGCAGCCAUUCAUGGACGCUUCACACGCUCUCAGAUCCUCAUCCAAAAUGGUGGGGAAAUUGAUUGUGUGGAUAAGUAUGGCAAUACUCCUCUCCACGUUGCUGCUAAGUACGGCCAUGAACUGCUGAUCAGCACUCUGAUGACCAACGGAGCAGACACGGCCAGACGUGGGAUCCAUGGAAUGUUCCCCUUGCACUUAGCUGUGCUGUACGGGUUUUCAGAUUGUUGUCGCAAGUUACUCUCCUCAGGUUUGUCUUUGUUCCAUAAAUGUGUGCACUCUGAUUCACUUAAUCGUCUACAUCCAUGUUUAUAUACACUUGGACAUGGCUGUUACUGCCAGCUGUUUCUUCAUUACCCUACAGGUCAGCUGUAUAGUAUAGUUUCAUCUAUGAGUAAGGAGCACGUACUAUCGGCUGGGUUUGACAUAAACACCCCUGACAACUUUGGGAGGACCUGUCUACACGCUGCUGCCUCUGGAGGAAAUGUUGAAUGUCUGAACUUGCUCUUAAGUAGCGGUACCGACUUGAAUAAGAGGGACAUAAUGGGAAGGACUCCGUUGCACUAUGCGGCUGCUAAUGGGAGGUACCAGUGCACUGUGACCCUGGUGAGCGCUGGCGCUGAGGUCAACGAGCCUGACCAGACAGGCUGUACUCCCCUGCACUACUCUGCCGCCUCCCAAGCUUUCAGCAGAGUUGAUCGUCAUUUUUCUGGGAACCAUCAGAAUGAUGAGGAUGAGGCGAAGGAGUCGUACUUCUGCUUGGAGCAUCUUUUGGACAAUGGUGCUGAUCCAUCAAUGGUCAACUCAAAGGGUUACAGUGCUGUUCACUAUGCAGCUUACCAUGGCAACAAACAGAAUCUGGAGUUGGCUGAUAAGGGUCACUGGCAGGCGCUGCGUGUGCUGACGGAGACUGCAGCCUAUGUGGAUAUGCAGGAUGCUGCGGGCCGUUCUGUGCUCUACUUGGCUGCCCAGAAAGGCUACACCCGCUGUGUGGAGGUGCUGUUGGCUCAGGGGGCCUCCUGCCUCCUCAAUGACAACCGUCUCAUGUGGACUCCAAUUCAUGUUGCAGCUGCCAAUGGUCACUCAGACUGCCUGCGCAUGAUGAUUGAAUACGGGGAGGAGGGGGAUCUCACCAACGUUGCAGACAAAUUUGGCCAGACUCCUCUGAUGCUAGCUGUUCUGGGAGGUCACACUGACUGCGUCCACUUCCUGCUGGAGAAGGGUGCCUUGCCAGAUGCCAAGGACAAAAGGAGCAGCACAGCUUUGCACAGAGGGGCGGUGUUGGGUCAUGAUGACUCUGUGACAGCCCUGUUGGAGCACAAAGCUUCUGCACUGUGUCGGGACGCCCAGGGUAGGACACCGCUGCACUACGCUGCAUCCAGAGGCCACACAGAGAUCCUGGCCAGUCUGGUGCAGGCCACCAUGGCAACAGACCCACAAGAUAAACUGCUGGACAACAAACAAUACACCCCAUUACACUGGGCUGCGUACAAAGGGCAUGAAGACUGUUUGGAGGUUUUACUUGAAUUUAAAACAUUUAUCCAUGAAGAGGGAAACCCUUUCACUCCCCUGCACUGUGCUCUGAUGAAUGGCCACAGCGGUGCUGCAGAGAGGCUGCUGGAAUCUGCUGGGGUCCACAUGAUUAACACCAGAGAUGCCAAAGGAAGGACCCCACUGCAUGCUGCUGCAUUUGCUGAGGAUGUCGCAGGACUUCAGCUAGUGCUUCGCCAUGGAGCAGAGAUCAAUACAGUGGACAAAAGCGGACGCUCUGCUCUGAUGGUAGCUGCUGACAAGGGACACAGUGGCACCGUGGCCAUCCUCCUUCACCGGGCCAAGGCUGACCUGACACUGCUGGAUGAGAACAGGAACACUGCCCUGCACCUGGCCUGCAGCAAGGCUCAUGAGAUGUGUGCCCUGCUGAUUCUGGGGGAGAUCCACAGUCCCACACUCAUAAAUGCCACCAACAGUGCUCUGCAAAUGCCCCUCCAUCUUGCCGCACGUAAUGGCCUGGCUACGGUGGUGCAGGCACUGCUGAGUAGAGGAGCCACUGUGCUGGCUGUGGAUGAGGAAGGCCACACCCCAGCCCUGGCCUGUGCUCCCAACAAGGACGUGGCUGACUGCCUGGCUCUGAUCCUCUCUACCAUGAAGCCUUUCCCCCAGCGGGACCCUUCCUCCUGCUCCUGCUCCUCUCCCACCGUCUCCCCGUCCCCGGGUCUCAACUUGCUGAAGCACUGCGGCAUCACCGCCGCCUGUGCCCCCCUGCCCAGCAACGGCCUCCACAACGGCUACGUCAAAGACCGUCACGGUGCACCGGUCGGCCUGGACGGGUGUCUGUCUGAGUGAGGUCACGUGCCCCCCUCAGUCAGCUGCUAUCACCAUCAUCACCACCAGGGGGGGACUCCCUUUAACAUGGCCCAGAGGACCAGGAGAGCACCCACCCACAUGUCUGUUCUGUGUAUGUAUGUGUUUGUGUGUCUGUGUGUGUGUGAGUGUUUGGUCUUCUCUUGAGGUGCAGUCAAACCUAAUAUGCAAUUAGAUCCCAUUCCUCCAUCUCCAAGUAGUGCUUAAUAUGUAGAGGCGGAUUGCUCUACAAGGUCACUCAGAUGAAGUGUGCCAUCCAAAACAAACACUAGCAAUCUGGCCAUCUCUAAAUCAUUUAACCCUUUAAAACCAUGUUGACAUAAUUAUAUAACCGACAUCUAAGAGCAUGGAAAUCUCUGUAUCCUCGGCUGUCUUUCUCUUCAUAUCAUUCAGUAUAAAAGUCAUAUCAUGUUUAAUCAGUUGUGGUGACCUUGUAGAGGAACAUACAGCCUUCCCAAAAGAGUGAUCAAAGAGUUUCUUUGUUUGUUUUUUGAUAAUUUUUUUCUUUCUUUUUUUGUGUUUAAUUGUCCAUUAGCUUAGAUUUUUAUGAAGGAACGACACAAGGGAAAAUCUAAAUUUUGCUGAAGAGUGCAAUGCUUGUGUACUACAGUACAAUCUGAAAUUUGGAAAAGGGUCACAAAGAUGUUAACUCCAUAGUGUACUUUAAAUGUACGGCCUAGAAUUGUUUGGCAUUUUAAGGUAAUUUGGUAAUGCUGCUGAAUACAUUAGCAUGUCUUCUUCCAAAGGAGAGCCAUGUUCGGGUCAGCGUUGUAACAUCGAUUUGUUGUUAAUGCUGACUUCAUGUUUUAAAGAUGCUAAAUAAGUGUUUGUUAAGCUAGAAUGUUUCUAAGCAUAUAACUUAUGACCAAAGUUGAUCAACACUAUUAUGGCUAUAAAUUAUUUAUUUGAGAUGAACUGUACUGUAUAGAGAAAGACAAUAGAUCUUGAUAUACCUCGUCAACUCGUUUAGCAGCUGCUUCAUCUUCACCCAGGGUCCGUAGGCCUAAUGUUCUCUUUUUGUAGGACAAGAGAACUACUGUAGGAUAGUGACUGACUGAGGCCUUGUUUAUUUCUAGAUGAAGGCUUUACUAGUAAUAUCUGCCAACAACACCUCAUCAAAGCAUCAUAUAUCUGAGCACAUAAAUGAACAAGCCAUUUCAAUUUAUUUCCCAUCUCUUUCACAGUGUUUUUUUGUUUUUGUUUUUUUGGAAAAAUUUCAGAAUUCAAAUGGCCUAAUUAUCGAAAGAGAGCAAUUCAGUUUUGGUUUUUUUCUUUGUGUUUCUGAAGUUGAACCUGCCAUUAGCAUUGUGGUUUUAACAAGCUCUCACUAAUGGAGUAUUUCUUGGAGCUAGUGAACUAGUCUUAAACAUCUAAUAGCUCAUAUCUCAACUUCUUGGUGGUCAACUCUGAUCAAUUUGAAUAGAUAAGUUUUCAAGCAAUAUUUUCUUUUGGCCUUUUUGUUUAACGUUAUUGAAUAGACAAUCACUGUCACAAGGGCUUUUGUUUCCCUGGAAUGUGUUUGAUUUUUUUUCUCUUUUUUUCGUUUUUAUUAUUUCAUGAAAAAUUACCUAAAGACUAAACGAAUGGCUGUGUGUGUGCCGGGCAUUUUACUGUCAGUGUCAACACAAAUGCACUGGAUCGCCUUUAUGGCAUCUCAUGAAAUGCCUUUUGACCCAUGCCUUCCGUAACACAUCAUUUCAGUUGGAUUGCGUAAUGGCAGAGUAUGAUGAGCCCUGAGACUGAUUAUCUUUCCACCUAUUUGAUAACAACAGCAUUGAACCACAGUUGCACCAUAGUAUCUAGUGGAAAAUAAAUUGCCCGGCAUAUCUUUGUGUGAUCCGGCAUUAUCAAUGACCAGGGAGUUGAUAUCCCUUAUAGAAGCAAAUAGGGCUAAGAGGAAAAGGAGAGGGAUCUUUGCUUAGGCCAAUACCUGUUGUUUAGAUUUCAGGAAUAGCAGAAAUCCAAAUAUGUGCUUUUUUUGGUGUUCAUUUUGUUGUCUCCUCAUCCCAUUUCUGGUACUAAGCAUACUAAAGAUGAUUGUAUUGGACCACUAGAGCUGUUUGUGACUUUUAGAUGUUAUAUCUAUGCGAUUUUGUCGGGUUUUUUUUUUUUUUUUUAGACCAUCUGCUGGUGGUUAAAUUAUACUGAGUCAGAUUGUUUUCAUUGGUGUGAUAACUUCAUAUCCACUGGUAAUGAAGUGGCACAAUUGCACACAUUAGUCGACUGGAUGAGAGAUGAGGACCUAGACUAGCCUAUGUCGUUAAAUACCCCUGUGAAAAGUCUUUUCAUGUUAGCUUAUUUUACUUGAUUUACUAAAACUGACCAUUUCAGAGCAGUGAUUUCUCAGAGUUAAUGUCGUAGAUUCGUAGUUGGCAUUUCAAUUGACCUCCAUAACUGACUGAAAUGAAAUGGAACUAAUUAGUGACCCCCAGCUUUUGUUCUCUUGAUCAAUUUAUAAUUUUCAGGAGAACUGUUAUAUUAUUAUUAAUAUUAGGGAUAGGUACAUCAUUUUUUGUAAUCUCAGGAUCUGUGCUGAAGCAGCAGGCAGAAUUUAUUAACCCAAUCAGAUCUCAGCAGGAUGAGUAUGUCUACAUUUUUUUGAUAGGAUGUUCCAUAAUUUAGUUCCUUUUUAACCCUAAUCCCACAGCACUUAAUUAGAUAGUCAAAGCACGCACUUUAGUACAUUCAGGUUCUAAGUGUGCAAAAUAGAGCAGAUGUAAUGUAUGUACUUAUGUUUACAUGCAUGUGUGUUGCUGCUGAAUACAGGAAGGUAGGGUUGCAAAAGACAAACAAAGGCUGCAACAAAAUUGUACUCUAACGAUGCAUUAUUUAAAAAACAAAACAAAAAAAAAACAGCGUCUCUAAGUACUUCGGGACAGUGUCCACUGCCCACUGACUUUUUUGUGUUAUCUAUUUCUGGGCAACCUGCCCAAAAGAGUGACAAGGUUACAUUACCCAGCCUACUGUUAAUAAUACAGACUUUGGCCUAAGUCACUAAAAGUCAGUCCAGUGACUCAACAGACACCUCAGGCAAGCUCCUCAAAAUACUCUACACACUCUCUCUGCCAUCUGUAGGUGCUGUCUGUUUGGGCAGGGAUUUUCUUCUUUUGUGAUGUCCUUAUGUGACCAGUAAAUGGAGCCAUUGCCCUGCAACUAUACAAGUUGCAACUGAAUCCUUUUGUUGUAUCACAGUAUUCUUAUACAUGCUUUUUUUAAUUUGUGUGUACCAGUGAUAACUGAGUGAUUGUGCAUGGAGCUAAAUCACAAUUUUGAUAUAGCUGUUGAACAAGUGGAGCAUAUACAAUAUAUCUGGUGUCAGAAAGCAAUGAAAGGUCCAAUUGUAGCAAUAGAGAGUGUGUGUAAUAGUGUGCAGCACAAAUAUUGCACUGCCAUCCAUUUAGGCCAAUUCAGUAAAUCAUAGCAUAAAUGCCAAUGGAAGAUUUAAAUGCGGGUUAGAUGUUAUAAUCUUUGGUCACAAAUAAGGCCUGUUUGCCAAAAUGUGUCGAGGGGAAAACUUCUUAGUAAAGCAGCAAUGGAUUUAUGCAUAUGUUCAAGCAGUUUACAGUCUGACCAUCAAAUCUGAGCCAUGAAUAUUCUGACUGAAAUGAAUGUAGGGUCAGUUUAGAGCAGGACAAUUUGCUUUCUCCCGACUUUAAACUGUUGCUCUUCAUUUGUCUUGCGUAGAUAUGAUAAUACAGGUAGCAUGUAAUAACCUAAUUCUCUACAUAUUAUACAGUAUGUGUAGUAGUCUUCCUGCAUUGAGGUUCUGGAUAGGGGUUUUUUUUUGGCAUGAUUCUUGGAGUAUAGGCCUGCUGUUGUGUAAUAUCAUUCUUCUUUCUCUAUACAUAUAUAUUUGUGUGGAGUGUAGCCUACAAGGUAAACAGAGGACAAGAGUUCAGAUGAAUUUAACAUUCAUGUCCAUCCAUUCCAUUGAGAUUGCCUUACAGUACAGUAAAACAAGAGGGACAAAAAGGUCUACAGUAGAUAUGAUCACACAUACUCGUAAAUAGCCUAUAUUUGACAGAAACGCACCUAAGCUACACCCAUUUAGUGCCAUAGGAACCUUUAUUUGCCUUUAGACAUAAAUCAUACUUACUUGGUCAGUAACUUAUUCAGAAGUAGGCAGGAUUAUUACAGUUUUGUGUUUGGAGCUGCAUGUCUUUUCACCAAUUAUGUUAGUUAAAGAAAAACUAUAUAAAUAUUUGCAUGGGAUAUUAGUACUUAAAUGCAAGUAUUCUGUUAAAAUUUGCUGUUGGUCUAUUGUAUAAUUGGACAUUUUUGAAGAAUAUAGUUAGUCCCUUUGGUAUUGGCAAAGCAAUCCCUAGGUUGUGUGUUUGUUUAAUGAAAUGGUUUAUUGUGUGUGUGUGUGUGUGUGUGUUACCAGGAAAAAAAAAAGUUUUUGAUGUCCCAAAAAAAGCAUGGUAUAAUACGGUAUAGAAUUGAUUUGCCUCAAUGGAUGUCUCGGUUCUUACUUGAAGUAAAUGGCAAAUUUCAAUUCAACUCUCUGAUCCACUGUUGAGCCUUUUGCCUUAAAAGCUGAAAAAGGAAGUACCUGAUACGUUGCAUCACCUGUAGAGUUAUGCUACUUAGUUGGAUUGCUAAAAAACUAAGUUUUGGCUAAUUUUGGUCUUGCAGACAUCUUUGGGUGUCGAGAAGCACACAAAUCAAUUGAGGUAGCACAUAGCUCAAGGUUGCCAUGGUGCAGAGAUUGUUCUGAGGGGUUAGGAUAUCGCCAUAUUUGCCACUGUGAAUGAAUGAAUGAAUUCAGAAUUCACUCGUAAACAAUCAACUUUGGCUUCUCCAUCAUCCAGAGCCAAAUGACACUGGGGAUUAAAGUGGUGUACCUCAAAAAAAUAUUGAUGGAAAGAAAAUUCUUAUGAAAAAUGCUUGUACAGCUAUGCUAACAAAGAGUUAAAAUCUUGUGAUCCAUCUUGUCGUAGGUAGUGUAAUUCUGCUUAAACCAGCCUAAAUCAGAGAUGUAUCUAUGCGGAAGUGUUUUGAUUAGUGUCGGCAGAUGUCUCAUGUUUCCUACCUUACAAAGGGGCAGCCAACUGCACCUUGUACUUUAUAUUGGACCUGCAGUUUUACCUCAUCAGUGAUAUUUUGUGUGACGACGCUGACAUUUAUCCUCUGUGAUUUCUUCUUGUUUUUCCUGAUGCCAGUCAUGUAGAUUUCUCUCUUAUAGUGUGUGUGAGUGACUUUUCAAUAUAUGCAUGUCGAACCUGAACAUGCACAAGUCCCUUUUUUUAGAACAGAAAAGCAUAGUUGCCCUGUUUCAACAUGUUUGUCUUCAUUACACCCAACAGACAAGUCUGUUAUCUGGUGCAGGUCAUAUAGGGUGAAGGGUACAGUCUAAUUUAAGAUGGGAAAUGAAGGUAGCUAUAAAACAUUACCUCUGUAAGUCAAAACAAUAAAAUUUUACUGUAUGACUAAUGCUAGUUUGACAGCCUUCCCUGCCUGAACACUUGGUUAAUAAUUUCCCCCACCAAUAAGACCUGUGUAGUAUCGAGCACAGUGGUGGCAUGGUGCCUUUUAUUUAUUACUACCGCAAGGUACGGUCUUCCAUUUGUAUUUCCCCGAAGCCUUAUAAUGGGAAAAAGAAAUUACACUGAACGUACACAACUACACUAGAUGGGCUCAUAUUCCCUCUGAGUAAGAUUAUUUCAAACCAAUGUGAUCUGAAUUAUAAGAAGAAGAAAAAAGCCUAAAUAACUCCUUCUGUAUUAGUCUGGAUUUCAUGAUACAUUUCCAGUGACUGAGUGCUCCCUUUGGGUGGCAGAAUAAAUUGCACAUUACUUAUGCGAUUUAGGGCACAUCAAACAUUGAAUGGAUGGGGAUCAAAAGUACGAAAGCACAAAUCCAAAGAAGGCAACUCGGGGCUCAGUUGGCUCUCCCAACACCAAGGCGUGAAGGAGCCUGUAGACCAAAUUUAGGCAAAGAUGAGAGUAAAAACACCAGACUCCUCUGAGUGUAGAAAACAUGAGGUUUGAUUGUCAGUAACACACUGACUGUAGAAAGACCAUUGUCUGGAAUUUCAGAGCUUCUUCUGAUUGUUCUUCUCAACUCUUUGGUAUUCAUCGACGAUUAGUAACUUCACAAUACAAACCAAGUUGUGAAAUGAUGCAAUACCUGCAUUCAAGAUCAAGUUUAGGCAAACUGUUUGUUGUGACUGUGUUGCAAAUUGAUUGUAGAGAUUGUUCUGUGUUAUUUAGGGUAGAGUGACUACAAGUAGGGUUGCAGUAGUAGCUGUGUGCAGUGUUAAUAACAGUGUGAUCAUACUAUAGACGUGACGUAACAUUUGUUGUCUUACCACGACAUUAAGGCAUGAAUCAUCUUCUCUCAAGCUGACCUCGUUUGAAAUAGACAAAAGAUAAAAGUGCAAUAACCUUUUGUUUAUCAUUGCUUCCUCAGUUGAAAAAAAAAUUAUUUAAUAUGCCCUUAUUGUUAACACCAAAAGUCACUUGUCUGUAGCAAAUGAAGGAUUUCAAGUGGUCCUCCUUGUUUGUAUUCAGAGAGGUGGCAUUUGAUAGUGGAGUGUUUGAUAUUCCAUUCUUGAAACUGUGAUCAAUGUCCAACUUUAAAAGCUGCCUGCUCAGAGAAAGGACUGUGCACAAGUUAACUGAUAGAUUUGAGUAGGUGCAUUAUUUUUAUUUUAUUUUUUUCUUCUUAUGGAUGGACUUUGAUGGUAUUGUGGUUUGGACUUCUGGUUUUAUAGCCGGUAGACAUGUUCAUUUGCAUGUGUAGAUGUGUAUAUGCAUCCUUUUCCUCCUUGAAUGAAAUGUUUUCUCAAAAAUAUUUAGACCUGCUGUCAGUGAUGUAUGCGGAUAAAAGGAAAUAUGAAAUGCCUUAUAUUUGUUUUCAAUGUUAAGCAUUAAGGGUCCUUACGUGCCCCUCCCUUUUCAGCGUGUAGCCUAAAGCUUGUACAGUUAAGAAACUCAUGAGAUUUAUAUCUACUGUAUAGCCUAUGUGUUUUCAGAAUUUGUUACUUGGAGAUCCUGUGAUUGUGGUUUUAGAGAAACAUUCCCCUUGAAAGUGCUGUUUGUUUUCACCAGCAGAGGAUGUGUCUUCGGGGGGGGGGCGGGUAUUUACACGAAGGAAAACAAAUGUUCAAAACAGUUUCCAGUGUUUACUGUUGAACUGAAUGACACAAAGUAUUUGUGCAGGUGAAAUAAGGCAGCAGUCUUCUGAUGGAGCACCUUAUCGACUCCUACGAUGGAAGUAGUCUCACACAAAGCUUGAUUACUCCAAAGCAGAGCCAUAUCAGAGAAUUUGCCCAUUAUGAGCCCCCUUGAAUGUGCUAUUAGGAAUAGCCUAUUGUAGGAAAGGAUGUAUACUGCAUGUUCUGUGACAUUUUAGUAGUGGUUGUCCCUUUUCAUAUUUUUAUUUUUAGUCCGCUUCACUGUAGAUGUUGCCACCUCAUUGCAACUCACAAGCUAUUAACAAUCCUCUCACAGCUGGACUUAAAGCAGGCAUUGAUCUGCUGCUGAGGCAGCCUUAAUUCAUUCCAAACUAAAAAGAUGAAAGAUAAUGGGUUGCCUGUUUUACUUUGAGUGGCUUAUCUGGGGAAAUACAAAGGAGCCCAUGUCAUGAGGGGAAGGACUCUGAAUCAGGGCAUGUGAUGAGUUACAAUCAAAUAGUUUCAUAGUGCACCUUCACAAAAAAAAAAAGUUGGCUCCUCUGCAUUCCAAAGUUGAUUUCAGUUUCCACAGUCCUGUCCUGCUGAUUGAGGAAAUCUUUUUUGCUUUGCUGGUGAAUGAAGUGGGCAUGUGUGUCAAUGACAGGGUUCCCUAUUUAGCCUAACGCUGAUUACCUCAUUUACAAAUCUGCAAAUAUACUAUUCUACUGUGUGUAAAGGAGUCAAUGCCAUCACCAGCAGCGUGGUCUCCAGACCUGUGAUGACAACAGGACCAAUGAAGUUAACUCUGUUAAAAUUAGCCAAUUUAGAAAUAUGACCGGUCUGGAUAUAUAGGGUUAAGACAUGAUUCAAAUUUUUUUGUAAGGCAGCUUGGGCCUCUAAGAUUUCUUCAGUGAGUAAAUCACCACAGCUGCUACACCAGUCUGCAUCUGGAGCUAUGAGGAAAUGUUAUUUACAAUUUUGCGAUUUUUGUGUGAUGUCUUCAUUUGGUGGUCAAAUCAAUAUUACACAUUAUUUUACAAAAUACAGGUGAAAAAUGUAACGUUAGUUGUUACACACUCCUUAAGCGCUUGACUGGAAUAGCAACUGUUGGCACUAGCGUGGUUCAAGAAGUCGAACCUAAGCCUGGUGUCUCUCACGAUUAUUUAAGUGAACGAUCAUGUUAGCAUCACUUGCUGUUUUUCAGUAGCAUUUCUCCUACCUCCUUGUUUUGCAGCCUUGAGUGUUGUUUGUCUCUCCACCUGUUCUGACUAUUAAAAAAAAAAAAAAAAAAAAGGUAUAUUCACAGUACGGGAAUACAGAUUUAUCAUAAGCAAUGGUAGUUAUACAUAAAAAGUGCGCUUGGUUGUGCUGUAUGUGUAUAUGUCUAUUUGACGUUGAAAACAAAAUAUUUAUGAGAAGCAUUUAUAUGACAGAAUACCACUGGAAUGUGAAGCCAGACAAUGUUAUGAUGCAGAUUAUGAUGAUAGUCUAUCCCCUUUAACAUUCAGUGGCGAAUGGUCAGAGGAUUCAUCUUUUUGAAAAUAAAUAACCAUUGCAUUGGCUUUUUUUUUAACACCAUCUGUUUCUUUGGCUUCCUCUUGUGCGUAUACUUCCCUGUCUAGCCCUAUAGUACACAUUAUGAUAACGUUUACAGCUUCAUUCUGGGUCAGCCACUGAUUUCCCUGCAGUUGUAAUGAUACCACAGGUUGUCACAAGGAAGAUAGUAAGGUGGAUUUGUAAUUCUGUAUGAGGGCGAGUUUGAGCCCCUCGAGCCGUAUGCCUUCAAAUCCAUCUGUCCACUCAGAACCAAAUUCUGCUACAUAGGCGUCUGUCUCCACACUGCCCUGAUAUUUUACUUUCAGUUUGACUUAAAGGGGUACAGGACCAGGUGAAAGGUUUGAGGUUUUCUGACCAGGUACCCCCCACCCACCCACCCACCCACCCAUGCCGAAUCCAGGACAGGACCAGCCCCACUCCCCCUCACCCACCCACUGUCUCACCUAAACCUCAAGCCAUUCAUUUUUCUGUUUGUUUUUUCGAUUCAAUGCAAUCCUGAAAGCACUUUGCCUUGUUAUUCCUUUGUGUGAACAUGUGAAUGAUAAUUUGUUACAAAAAUGUUAAAUAUGUAAAAGAUCAUUCACUGUUUUGGAAAAACCUGCAUCUGUCUUUCUGACGUUAAAAGAAAAAAAAAACAAUUUAGUGACAUUAAACCUGAAUCUAUUUUAUAAAAUGUUUGCUGCAGCCAAUUGGUCUUGUCAUUCAGUAUUGUGGCUUAGGGUUGUUUGUGUUCAAUAAAGUGCUAUUGCUAAAUA